AUGAAAAUCCAGAGGAACAAAAUGAGCCAGAACAGUCUCAUACAACAUGAUGUCGAAGAGUCCUCAACCAUACAGCCUGAUGUUGACAUCAUUUCAAACGAGUUAGAAAGUCUAACCCUUGAUUCAAAUAUACAAACAAAAACUUGCAAAUCAGGCACUCAGACAGAGUUACACUAUCUUUUUCAUAAAUGCUUGAGUAAAGCGCCAUUUGAUGCUGAUGAUAUGCAAAAAAACAAUAAAGUAUGGUUCUACACUGGCCUAGUUGAAGCUAGUAUUCUUCAAAUUCUGUUCAAGCACAUAUCUCCCUAUGUUGUACACAAAUCACAAUCUUUGAUGAAAUUUCAAGAGUUGGUCAUGGUAUUGAUUAAACUGAGGCUCAAUGUCCCAUUUCAAGACUUGGCAUAUCACUUUGGUGUUUCUGUUUUAACAUUCUCGAGAACAUUUACUUCAUGGAUCAGGGUCAUGGAUAGUUGCCUUUCAAGGCUGAUUUACUGGCCAGAACAAAAGGAAUUGUGGAACACUAUGCCAAAACGUUUUCUGUUUUUGUUUGGGAAUAGAACUGUCAUUACUGACUGUUUUGAAAUAUUCAUUGAGCAUCCUACCGACCUUCUAGCGAGAGCACAAACAUUCUAA